CUUCGUUUCAGACAUGUCUCUGUCUGUAGCCUAUUACAUAUUAAUAUACGUCUUGACCACCGUUAUUAUUUUUCCUGGGACGUCAAUUGCAAUCUGUAAUUAGCAGUUGAACAAUUUUAUAAAUGUCCAACCCAGUAGCAGUUAUAAGUGAAAUUGUUAAUGGAUUGUAAUUCAUAUUACAUUUCAAUACAUAAGACAUAUGAUUAUAUAAACGAGUGUGAGAUAUAUUCCGAUUUUAUUACAAAAUAUGAUUGAUCGGUCCUUUUAGCGAGACAGAAGGCAUGUCGUCUGUUUGUUUACAUUCGCCAGAUGAUCGAACUCAGCAGCUGUGAUCCUGUUAACCACGAUGAACCACAGGAACCUCUUGCGUCUUUCCCCCGGAUCACCGAACCUCUAUCCUACGACGAGUUCUUCAGGGGGGUUUUAGAGAAAAAUCGACCAUGCGUAUUCUCCAGCAGCUUCACACAGGAAUGGCUGGCGAGAGAAGAGUGGGUCACACCCUCAAACACUCCCAAUGUGGAGUUCCUAAGAGACCACUUCGGUGAUGGUGAAGUUCCUGUUGCUGACUGUGAUCAAAAGCAUUAUGAUUCUCAAGAAAAGAAAACUUACAAAUUAAGAGACUAUAUAGAUUACUGGAAUAGCCUCAGGGAUCCGUGUUCGGGGAAGAAGAAUUGUCUCUAUCUGAAGGAUUGGCACUUUGUUCGAGACUUCCCUGCUUACAAAGCUUACUCUACACUUCAGUAUUUUGCAUCAGAUUGGCUAAAUGAAUUCUGGCAUGUACGUAGUGAUAUUCAUGAUGACUACCAAUUUGUGUACAUGGGACCCAAAGGAAGUUGGACACCCUUCCAUGCAGAUGUAUUUCGAUCAUACAGCUGGUCUGCUAAUGUGUGUGGACGGAAACGUUGGGUAUUUUACCCCCCUGGUGAGGACCAGUUUCUACGUGACCCAUUUGGCACUCCUGUAUAUGAUGUUGAUUCUCCUGAUUUAAAAGAUAUUAGAAAAUAUCCAAAUGCAGCUUCAGCCAAGGGUCGGAUAGAGGUUAUCCAGGAGCAAGGGGAAACAAUCUUUGUGCCCUCUAGUUGGCACCACCAAGUGUGGAAUUUGGAAGAUACAAUAUCAAUCAACCACAAUUGGCUCAAUGGAACCAAUCUCCACAGAGCAUGGUACUUCUUGGUAGAAUCUCUACAGCAGGUGGAGUAUGCCAUAAGAGACUGCAGUGACAUGGAUGAUUGGACUGGGCAAUGUCAGCUUCUUCUACAUGCCACACAUGGUAUGGAUUACCAUGAAUUCUAUACUUUUCUUCAAACUAUUGCCAAAAGGAGGAUCGAGACUCUCACUGGCAAGAAAACACAUCUCAGCUUUGGGAUUUGGCAGACUGGCAAGAAUCACAUCUUGUAUGACUUGAAGAAAAUCCAAUGGUGUUUGGAACAGCUGCUGGAUGACGAGCGGCUUGACACAAUCAAGGGAUUCUCCAAUACAGAAAAUCACCCUUCACAUCUCCUUGAUGAAGUUGUGAAUGUGCUUUCAUGAUUUUUUUUUUUACAUUUUGUUUCUUUUAUUUAAAGUCUCGUUUUCAAAAUUUAUAUUCAAAAGUAGUUUUCAUUAUCAAUAUAUAUCAUAAUUAAAUCUUGUAUUUUCAUAAGCUGGUAACAUAGAGUACCAUUAUAUUGAGAGAUUUUCUUUGCACUACUUUUGCUCAAAAAAGAACAAACAACUGGAGUAUACCUUCUUCCAGGGAUAUGACAUACACAAAACUACUCUUAUAAGGUACUAUAGUUAAAGUAGUAAUUAAUUGGCUGUAAUGUGGUUUUCAAGAAGGACUAUAAUACAAUGACUUUAUAGUUUUAAGGUAUUGAAAGUAAAGCAAAGAAGGAAUUUAGAGUAUUUAAGGAUUGUGGUCUACCCUGUAAAGCAUUUUUUAUAUUUCUGAAAGAAGUAUUAGUGCAUGAUAGAAUUCAGGUAUUAAAAUGAAUGGGGGAAUGAAGGCUUUUUUGACUGAGACAUGGUUAAUAUGAUAAGUCAGCAAGGAGAGAAUGUUUAGGAUAUUAUAAGAGAAUAAAUGUUGAGUACAAAUGAGGGACAGACUACUAGUGUAGUCAGCAUUUGCCAGAGAUGCAUUUUUUAAAGGCAUGACUUUUUGUUACUUGGGUAUUUGUUAUUGACAAUAACAGUGUCUUACUUCAUGUCAGUACAUCUAAGGACUGCAUCAGAGACAGUGUAGUUAGUGUUAUACUGAGAAAUUCCUUCCUUCAGUGGACUGAAUUCCAUAAUUACAUGAUGCUGUAUCAGUAUCUGUAGGUAUUUAUUAAUUCAUUAGAAUGUUAUUAUAAUGCAGUUAGUAUUUAUGAGAUAUGGUCUGUGAAAUACAAUUGAUAAUGAUAUAUGUGCAUAAUAAGAUUCCUAGGAAAUUCAGUAUUUAGUUAGCAUUUGGAAGUAAUGGGGCUAAUUCACCAAAUGUUAACUUGGAAGAAAUUAUAAUCACAGUUAUCGCCUACAGUUGCAGCAUACAUAAUUAUACUCAUCUCUGUUUAUGUAUCAGAAGGCAAUUAUGUAAGAAAAUAUUAUAUUUUGGUCUCUGAAACAUUUUCUGUGUAAGUCUGAUUUGAUGGGUUUACCCCUUUGCUUCCAAACACCUCAUUUUUGCUUUCACAGUUUGUUAGAGAAGAUAGAAAAUAUAGCUUUAAUAUAAAGCUUGUAACAGCUUUUUGCCUUAGAACUUCUUUUCUUGUUGAUGUUAGCUGAUAGUUCCUUCAUUUCUCCUAAGGGCUCUAUCUAGUUUGAACUCUGGUACAGCAAAACAUGAUUAAGUCUGUACAGCCUUUCUUACUCUUGUGAUAUCAGAUAAUUUAUUCACUUGCUUGCAGAGAUCUACUAAAGACUGUUUCAUUUGACAAAACAAUGUUAUCACCACAGAUGUCUCUUUUAUUCCUUUGUAUAUGUGUGUACAUGGCAUGUGUCUUGUGAAUUUUACUUGCACACAGAUAGUUGCACAAGUGCUUAGCCACCAAGGGGUCAAUUAGUAGGCCUAAUGUGAACUCACCAGAUUUCCCUAUUCCUUGAAUAUUUGUUUCUUCCAAAUGCUGUUAACGUUCAUACUAUUAUUGUCAAUGACAUUGUGAUUAGUAGGAUGUUGAAAUACUAAUAGUAACAAAAAUAACAAUAUUUUUGCCAAAAAUCAUGGAAAAGGGUAAACAGGUGAGAUAGGUACAACUAGUAACUGACUCAUAGGUGAUUAAGUACUUGUGGAGCCUACUAUGUGUAAACACAAUUAAUAAGAUAAAACCACAAUAAACAUGGUAUGUAUUUCAUGCCAUCUAUGCACAGAGGGUUAAGAUUAAAACUCAUAGUGAUGUUCUUAUAUAAUGUGUUGAACACUUUGGAUCAUCAGAGACAGUGAUUCUCAACAGAAGAUAUUUAAGUUCCCAGUAAUAGGGGGAAACUUGGAGAUAUGAUAGUUCUCAAAAUACUGUACUUAAGUUUGUAAUCAUGUAAGGGUCCUUGAAUCAUGCAAAGGAUGUUCCUGUUCUUCAAGAGAUAAAGACCUAACCAUGUAUGAACUUUAGUAAAAUAAACCAAACUCUUUCUAUAUGUUUAUGAAAAGUAAAAGUUCAUGCUAUAUAUAAAAAAAACAUGCUAUACAUAGGAAAAAAGCAUGUUGAGAAACACUGAUCUAUAGUAUCCAAAGAACUUCAAAUAAUUUGGAUUGCACACUCUCCUGAUUGUAUCUCUUCCUAUUUAUGCAUUCUAGUGUCUCCAUUUGGAUUGUCAGUAUGAAUUCAGAAGGCUGUAAGUGAUAUUUUCCAGGAAACUGACCUCAUUUUGUUACUGAUGUGCCAUGCUUCUAUUAUGGCAUUUUUUACCAUAUUUCAAUUAUGAACAGUAGGCAAAAGAAAACUUAAUCCAUUAUUCACAUUUAGGUAUUCAUAUUAUGAUUCUUCACUCUGAAAUGCCACAGUGAAGACACUUGCUUUAUUUAUUAGGGAUGUAUUAUUUAUGAAUUAUGUUUACCAGUGCAGAAGCAGUGUCAGUCUCAAAUACCUGUACAAUUGUUUAUAUAUUUAUAUUAAAAUCUCUCAGUCAGAGGCUGAUCUCAAUUCUUGCGGUUCUUAUAUCAGGGUAUGUAAUUUUUGUUGUUCAGAAAGUAAUGCACAUAAUUAAACCUAAAAAUGGCAGAGGCAGUUUGUGCUUUAGCCUCCUGAAUUCAAAAACUUUUUUUUUAUGUUGACUAAGUUAUUUUCUGUGUUCACUAAGUUACUUUGUGAUAUACUUGGUUAGACAAUACACAUUAUUAUGUGCAGAUACCUCCAUGAAAUAUUAUGAGUGAUAAGUGUAUAUUGAGCUUCCUCUUGGGAUUAACAUAGUGCUAUUGAGUUUAAUAUUUUGUACUGAACUAAUGAUAUCAAGAGUUGUUUCAUCAGUGCAAAUGAUGCUUUUAUGCUGCUUAAAGAACAGGAGUAUUAUAUAUAUAUUCCUGGGUACAACUUCAACAGAUAAACCUUUGUGUGCUCUUGUCGUGAUAUUAUACUUCUGUUGUAUAGUCAGCUUAUGGAAUGUGAUAGUACUGUGUUAAGAUUUAUUUGUUUGAAGCAUCAGAGUAUGGUUUACAGUUUAUCUUUAUGAAUGGUGCUAAAGCUGUACAUGCCUUCCCUUAUCUAGAUCUGCUUCCAGUAGAGGUAAAAAACUGGAAAGACCUCUACUGAAGGGGCACUGUAGAUCAAGGCAAAGGUAACAGUACUGGGUCAUUAGAAUAUUUGAGUGCAAGUGCUUCAGCUUCCUGCGAUUGCCUUGAUUCCCCAAAACUCUAGUUUUUUUCUUGUUAAAAGAAUAAAGUCUUCACCACUUUGGAAAAUCACUGAUUUUCUUAUUUCUUGAAAAAAACAAUUAUCUAAAUAUAAUUUGUGUAUAAAGCUUGUGUCAUGUCCCUGAGAAAGCAUAGCAGGGCAGCAGAGUUACAGACAAAUAGUACAAGUACACUGUUUUAUGUACUUCAUGAAUCAAACAUUAUCAAACUUAUGAAUACCAUCUUAAAGUCAUUCUUUUUCUAAACACAUUUUGUGUGUGUGUCUGUGUCUGUGUGUGCGUGUGUGUGUUUUUUGUCCAUGCAUGCAUGCAUGCGGGCAUGUGUGUGCAUGCAUGCAUGUGUGGAUGUUUUUGCAGAAGAGCUAUGUGUGCCAGGAUGUUUUUGUAAAUAAUUUACCUCAUAUUCAUGAGUAAUAGGAAUACUUUCAUAUCUAAAUAUUUAGUGUUCCAAAAUACUGUUAUGCCUUACAGAAUGUCAUUAUUGCAAUAGUCAAAAACACAAGAAUUACAUAAGCUUGAAGGAAUUCUAUCUUUUUUAUUGCUACAGUCAUUACAACAUAAGUAACAAAAAUCCACUGAGUAAUAGACCUAAUGUCUCCUAAGACAUGUUCUGUUAUAUCAUAUUUGAUGAGUAUUGUGUAUCCUGAAACCCCUUCAACAAUAUUCUAAUAUGUCUUCUUAAAAGAAGAGAUUCUUAUCUGUGGUUUGUUUUAGUACAGAAAAUUGUGCAUAAUAUAUUAGUAUCAACUGCUUGGCUGUACUAGAAGUAUGGUAAUAUUCCUUAAUUAUAGUCUAAAAGAUUUAAAACCUUU